AUGCUUCAGUUGAGAAGACGGUACUGCUGCCUAAUGAAGAUGACCUGGAAUGUUAAACGGUCACUAUUUCGUACUCAUAUUAUUGCACUGAUUUGCCUUGUAUUUUUAUUUGCAAUGUUUCUGUUCAUUAAUCAGCACGAUUGGGUAACUAGCAAAACUUGGUCAAAGGAAACUGGUUAUUCUGUUCCUCAUACAAUGAGGGGAUUCAGGUCACCAAAAAGUACUACUAACCAGAGCACAAUGAAAAAUAUUUGGAAAGAGGCUGCGCAAGCAUACAAGAUUCAUACAGUGAAUCCUAGCACUGCACUUUCUCCUCCAGAUGUAACUGGAUUAGGGGACGUACUGAAUGCUAAUGGAACCAUGCACAGUGAAAAGAAGACAGGAUAUAUACCCCAUCACCAGUAUAAUUACAUCAUUAAUGAACCAAACAAAUGUGAAAAACAAAGCCCAUUCUUAAUUGUGUUGAUUGCAGCUGAACCUGGCCAAACUGAAGCUCGACAUGCCAUUCGGCAAACUUGGGGAAAUGAAAGCAUUGCCCCUGGAUUACAUAUGGUACAUCUUUUUUUACUAGGUUCUAAAAAGUCUGGUGGGAACUUUCAGCAGACUUUAUUGGAAGAAAGCAGACAGUAUCAUGAUAUUAUUCAACAAGACUUUCUAGAUACAUAUUAUAAUCUCACUAUUAAAACUCUGAUGGGAAUGAACUGGGUAGCAACAUACUGCCCACAUGCCUGGUAUGUUAUGAAGACUGACAGCGAUAUGUUUGUGAAUACAGAGUAUUUAAUAAACAAACUCUUAAAGCCUGCACAUCCUCCACGUCACAACUAUUUCACUGGAUAUCUAAUGCGUGGAUAUUCGCCUAAUCGCAACAAGGAUAGCAAAUGGUACAUGCCUCCAGAGCUCUACCCAAGCGAGCGAUAUCCAGUCUUCUGUUCAGGCACUGGUUAUGUUUUUUCCGGGGACUUAGCUGAAAAGAUUUUUAAAGUCUCUUUGAGUAUUCGGCGUCUGCAUUUAGAGGAUGUCUAUGUUGGAAUCUGUCUUGCAAAACUGAGAAUUGACCCAGUGCCACCACCCAAUGAGUUUCUCUUCAAUCACUGGAGAGUUUCUUACUCUAGCUGUAAAUAUAGCCAUCUAAUUACCUCUCAUCAGUUUGAGCCCAGUGAAUUAAUCAAAUAUUGGAACCACUUGCAGCAAAACAAGCACAAUGCGUGUGCCAGCAUGGCAAAAGAGAAAGGCUACAGAGGACAUGGCAAGUACCGUACAAAGAAAAUGCACUGAUGACAAUUCUGAAACCAAGAUACGCAAUCUUAACUCUAUUGUAAAUUAAUGAUUGAAGCAUGUAUAAAGAUUAUCUACAAACCCAAUGCAACAU